AGCGGCCUUGUGAACAUUUGCCGAAAGUUUUUGAUCUAAAGUUUGAUCCAAUUGAAUCUUAUUGUAGACAUCAGGAAGUGGUUUCCUUUGUGUGGGCUGUUGCACGGAGCAUAGUUCCUCCAUUUCUGCUUGGAAAUUCUUCAACUUGGAGAUCCUUACGGAAAAAUAUUUCAAAGUUUAUCAGCUUGCAUAGAUUUGAAAACUUUCAGCUGAAACAAUGCAUUCAUGGACUGAAAACUUCAUGCUAUCCAUUUUUAUCAAAAGUUAGAGACUCUCACUGCUGCAAUAAUAAGGCCGAAUUCAGAUUUGGUAAUAGUGAAAGCCUAUGGAAAGAGAUCAGAAAACCCAGUGAUAUAAUGAUACUUCACAACAAUUUCUUCCUUAGAUGGAUUCAUUGGUUCUUUUCUUAUAUGGUGGUACCCAUAAUUGCUGCCAACUUUUACGUAACAGAAAGAGAGUCCAGAAAGAAUGAUGUAUUUUAUUAUCCAAAGCCAGUGUGGAGAAUAUUAACUGAAAGAUCCACUAAUCACUUGAAUGACCAGAACUACAGCCUACUUGAUCCUGCAACCUUCGAACAUAUAAUGAGAGGAAGAUCUUUUGGUUUUUCAAAGGUUAGAUAUGUUCCGAAAGGGAUUAGUGUCCGGCCUUUAGCAAACCUUAGAGCACCAUCUAAGGUAAGGCUUCGUAAUCAUGGAUCUUCGUUAAAACUUACUGCAAUGGAGGAAAGAGCAGGAAUGCAUUGCAAACAGAUGAGCGGUAGGAGUAGGCCUGUUCAUUACAAGUCUGUGAAUUCUGCUCUACGUGAACUGCAUGCGAUCCUGAGAAUAAUAAAGGUUGAACAUCCACAGUUAAUAGGAUCUUCUGUGUUUGAUUACAAUGAUGUCUACCAGAAAGUACAUCAAUUUCUUUGUAAAGUGAAAAAUAGAUCAACAAGGAUGCCUGAGGUAUUCAUUGUUGUUGCUGAUGUACUGAAGGCAUUCGACUCCAUUGAUCUGGAUAUGCUAAUUCGUAUAAUGAGAGGUGUUAUAAGAAAUGAUGAAUACAUACUGAGAAAACAGGCACGGGUUGUUUGCAAGAAGUCGUCCAUAAGGACCCUUUAUGACCAAGUAUCUUCUGAUUUUUGUACCAAGGAAAAUGGUUGCUCAAAUUCUGAGACUUCCAUUCGGUUGUCAUCAUCCAACAACAUUUUCAUUGAUCAGGGGACAUAUAAAAGGAUCAAGAAAAAGGAGUGUAGUCUUCUUGGUGAACAUUUGAAGCGCAAUGUGUUGCAAGUUGGGCGGAAUUUUUAUUUACAAAAGGUUGGCAUAUCUCAGGGAAGUUUGUUAUCUUCCCUUCUUUGUUCAUUUUACUAUGGUCACAUGGAAAGGAACGUGAUUUUUCCAUAUCUUGAAAAGGCACACAGGCUGUUGAAUGGUAAAUAUAUGGUUGAUGAAAAAUUAUUUCAUGGCAUAAAACCUGUCAAAGAUGAUGCAACCUUUUUAGGGCAAUCUUGUACAAAUGAUUUGGGCAAAGAGUGUGGUAUGGUUAUAGAUAAGAGGCAUUGGCGCCAUAAUCUUGCAGCAAAUGUUUGUGUCGCUGGAGCAAACAAUGAGAAUUCAUCUUUGCUGCUAGACCAUCUUUUGUUGAGGUUCACUGAUGAUAUUCUUUUUAUAUCUACCUCGAAGGAGCAGGCAAGCAAUUUCUUCUACAGGCUGAGAAGAGGGUUCAGAGAAUACAACUGCUACAUGAAUGAUAACAAAUUUGGGGUGAAUUUUGAUUUGGGACAAAACAGGCAUCUGGUAAACAGGGUGUAUACUGGUGAAGAUGGUAUAUCAUUUCUUCCCUGGAGUGGCUUGCUUAUCAACUGUCGCACUCUGGAAAUUCAAGCAGAUUACACAAGGUACUGCAGAACUACUAUAAGCUCCACUAUUACAGUUAAUGCAUGUGCUAAACCAAUGCAUCAUCUGAAAGCCAAGUUGUGUGAUCAUGUGCGGAUAAAGUGCCAUCCUAUACUGUACGACUCCAACAUCAAUUCGCCUGCCAUUGUCAGAUUGAAUGCAUAUCAGGCCUUCUUACUUGGUGCAAUGAAGUUCCACUGCUAUAUUUGUAGCAUUUCGGACAUAAUCAAUCCUAGUGCAAGUUACCUUCUCAAGAUACUUGAGUGGUCUUUCAGUUAUAUGUACAAGUUCAUUAAGAAGCGGAUGUAUGACAUGAGGCUUUGCUUCAAUAUCCAUCCUGUUCUUCUACUAAAGACAGAAACUAUAUGGCUUGGAUUGUCCGCAUAUAUUCGUGUGCUCAAGAAGAAACAGUCACGGCACAAGGAACUACUAUCACUGUUGAGGACCAGGAUUGCUACAUAUGGGGGGAUGGAUAAGGCUUCAUCUCAUUUGAGAUAUGCUGUGGACGAUUCCCAUUCAUCAUUUUUUUGGAAAAUGAAGUUCUAGGUUUGAAUGGAUGUAACUUCCUUUUUUGGGUUUAAUUGGUAAUUCUUAUAUUUAGUAUCUGUACAAGUAAUUAAGACAGUUGGAACUGUCUUGACAAUCCUAUACUCUCAUUUCUUGGAACUAAUAUCAGCAUUCUUUUUUUU